AUGCCCUCUGCACUUGUCUGCGUUGUCGAAGGCUUCGAGCCCAUCGAGUGUGUCACAGUGGUGGACGUUCUCCGUCGUGGCGGAGUGUCUGUGACACUUGCAGGCACCGAGAAAGUCCAAAAGGGUGCUCACGGGGUCACUGUACACACGGACGCCCUGGUCUCUGAGAUUGGCAACACGCUCUAUGACGCCAUUGUGCUACCUGGCGGACCUGGCUGGAAGGAAAUGCAAACGAAUGGUGUUAUCAAGGCUUUAACGGAGAAUCACAGCCGGCACGGCAAGUGGGUCAUGGCUAUAUGCGCGGCCCCCUCUGCUUCCCUAGCGUCAUGGGGUCUUUUGAAGGACAAGCGUGCAACCUGCUAUCCUGCCAUGAAGGACGGGCUAGUUGCAAACGGUGCUCAAUUCGUCGACGAGCCUGUUGUGGUUGACGGCAAGUUCCUAACUUCCCAGGGGCCAGCGACAGCUCUUCUCUUCGCUGUCAAGGCCCUGGAAUUGCUUGUGACUCCAGAGAAGCAUGCUGAAGUAACGAAGGGGAUGCUUUUGCAUCUUAUUGACAAGUAG